AUGAGUUGAAUAUUUUGAUACGAUAUGAUGAAAAUGCCUGUCUUGGAGAACGGGAAAACGGAAACAGAGGAAGAAGAAAUGGAGCAAGAAACCCCGGGAAGCAACAACAGUUCUGAUGAUGACUCAGAAAUGGGUUCAGAGGAAGAAGAUGGUUCAGAACUUGAUGAAGAAGAAUGUGAAAGAAGAAAAACAGAAUGCCUAGAUGAUAUGGCAGACCUAGAAAAACAGUUCUCAGAUUUAAAAGAAGUGCUUUACAAGGAGAGAAUGGGUCAGAUCGAACAUAAACUGGAGGAAGUUAAAGCAGGCAGGGCCCUGGAAUACCUCAGUCCUCUGGCACAACUACAGGAAAACAUGAGGAUUAGAACAGAAGUAGCAGGAAUCUUAAGGGAAUUCAGGAUAGACAGUAUUCAAAAUAAAUUUGAAAGUGAGGUUUUAGCUGCACAGCAAAAUUUAGAGAGUGAAAAGGAACUUUUAUAUGAUAGUGUCAAAGGUGAACUUGAGGAUAGAAUUCGCCGACUAGAGGAAGAUAGACAUAAUAUAGAUAUAUCUUCAGAUCUCUGGGAUGAAACACAAACAAUGAGUAAGAGUAAAAAGAAAAUAGACGGUACUUCUUCAGAACGAAGGAAAAAACCUGUUUCAGUGUCAGGGCCCUAUAUAGUAUACAUGUUAAAGGAUGUAGAAAUUAUAGAAGACUGGACAGCAAUUAAAAAGGCACUCAAACAGAAAAGGAAGUCAGAGUAUGAUUUCUGCUGAAGCUGGAACUUCUAAAUGUGCAAUGUUUAUGUGGUGCUUCUAAAGCAGACAGUCACUGCCAGCUGUCCGUAGCCUCGGUGUUCAGGUGUCAAGGACAUCUCCAAGACAACACAAGACUUGUGCUUGCCAGUAACUUGUUAAGCAGCUGACCAUGUAAAUCCAUGUGUGGGUGAAGAAUCUGAUGAAUUAUACCCACAUUUUUGGCAAGCUACACUAGAUAUGUGUUUUCAUGGAUGUGAGAGACUCUGUUUUCUGUUACAUUAAAAUUGAUUGUGCAUGCCAAAAUAAACUAUUAUUCAAUACAAUGUGUUAUGAAACACAAAUUUGUAUACUUGAAAAAUCUAGAUUUUGUUUAGAUUUUUAAUCAAAAAAUAGAAUGUUUUAUAAUUGCUUUUAAUAGCCCACUUUGGGUGACCGUCUGUAGGUUUUUCCAAUCUAACAAUUGGAGCUACCCAGAUAUCUUAUACUCAACCUCUCCUAUACAGUGAAUAAGAUUCUCAGAAUAUUUGUCACCUAGUGUCAUUGCGAACCUCCUGUUUUCUUUUCCAUUGAAUAUCUACUUCAUUCAUAAACUUUUAUUUUGAAAUACACUUGUAAAUUAUCAAUGGUUUUUGACAAUUUGUAUCUUCUCCAAUAUUUUCAUAAUAAUUCCUGAUUUAAUCAUGUUAAUCGAAUCAUUUAGCAUUAAUGACUGUAAAAAUGAUUAUACAAGUUUAUUGCAUAGUUCAUCUAAAAAGUUUCAAUAUAUCAAUAUUAUUUAAUCUAUAAUUACAUAGACUUACAGGAGAGUUAUGAGUGGGUUAUGAUUCCACAUUCAGAUGUCAUGCUGGAGUACAAGAAGUGCUGUUUGUUUUCUCUUAUGAAUGAAAUAUUUUUAUCUGUCCAGAAAACCUUUAUCUGUACAGUUCUAGUACAUGCAUUAUUUAUUUUUGGUGUAUAAAAGUCAUUGCUGAGAUUUAUCAGUUGUUUGUUUGUAUGUGCAUUGUUAAAGAACAGACUCAGUGAACAAAAUAAGCCAAUUUAUACAUGUAUCUGCAUUAAAAUAUCAUGUAUGUUGUAUAUAUUGUUAAUGAGAGGUUGUAAGUGUAGUAAAUUAAGAAAGAAGUUGUUUUAUAAAUAUCUAAUUAAUGAUUUGUUGGAAAAUAA